AUGAAUUUUGAAUUAAGUACAACAAAACAAAUUGGUCUUGGAUUAACACUUUUUGGUGUUACAUUUGUUAUUCUUGGUGUUCUUUUACUUUUUGAUGCUGCAUUAUUAGCAAUAGGAAAUCUUUUAUUUUUAUCUGGUAUAACAUUGUUGAUUGGUGUAAAACAAACAUUAUUAUUUUUUUUUCAAUGGCAUAAAGCAAAAGGGACUUGUCUAUUUUUUGGUGGAAUAUUUGUUGUUCUUUGUGGAUGGUCUUUCAUAGGUAUAUUUAUUGAAUUAUGGGGUUUCAUAAUGUUAUUUGGUGGUUUUCUUCCAACUGUAAUAAAUUUUAUAAGAAAUAUACCAGUAAUAGGAAAUAUUUUAUAUUUGCCAAUUAUAAGACAGAUUGUUGAUAGGAUAGCUCCGGAAUACAAGUACAAUGUUUAA